UUCAGUGAUGUGAACAAAUACAAAAAUCUUGUGAUUGGAUCUUUACAAGACAAGUGCAGCCGACCUACGGAGAAAGAUAUUGUUCGCAUGAAUAAGAGUAAACUGCUUCUACUUGUUUUUCCUUAACAUCAACGAAUUCUUCUGUGACUUGGUUUUCCUUAACAUCAGCUUCAGAGAGUGAACUUAUAAAAAGAGGACAGGACUUGGAUUUACUAGAGCAAAAGGCACUAUCAAAUUUCUAAGUACUUAGGUAAUAAAUUCGCAAAAGUAGAAAAAGAUGGCACAGCCUAUGGAGCACCGAUUCUCUCCGUAUACGGAUAAUGGUGGUACCGCAGUGGGAAUCGCCUGCCCAGAUGGCGCGAUUCUGAUUGCUGACAAGCGCCUGUCGAAGGGAUACUCAAUACACACAAGGGAAAACAGCAAGGUAAAAAUCGCGUCAGCGUCGUCUAUAAUUUUCUCGACUGUAGAUGCACAUCAUCAUCCUGAAUCGAUGUACUACCAAAACUUGAAUCAAGUUCCUUCCCCACCACGCUCACCUCUGCUACACAGGUAACGCAACUCACGUCGAAGUGUGUCAUUGCUUCUUGCGGAAUGAAGGCGGACGCGAUCACACUACACCGAAUUCUCAAGAUGCGGUUGACAAUGUACUUCUUACCAAAUUUUUAAGUAAUAGAAGCUCGUUUUCGUCUCUCAGUGCUAGUUCGUUGUAAGUGUAAAAUGUAUUCUUUGCAUACUGAUCUGGGCAACAUUCCAUUCCAUCUAGGUGGAAGUACCCUGCUCUUCAAUGAGUUUUGAUUCCUCCUUCCCUUUAAGUGUUCAUGUCGAGCAAAACCAAUACCAAGGUACGAGCACGACCACGGAAGAGAGGCAACGACCCCAGCGAUAGCGCAGAUGCUUUCAACUAUGCUGUACGGAAGGAGAUUUUUCCCUUACUACACAUUUAACAUCCUCGCGGGCACUGAUGAUGAGGGCAAGGGAGCUGUCUACCACUACGACGCCAUUGGAUCCUUCGAAAGAGUGGAGUACUUACUGUUCUUCGUUUUAGUUUCUAAUGUUUUUUCGAAUUCUUUGUCCAUUGGAAACAACGUCCACACACUCUUUCAUCUUUCUCCACCACUCCAUUUUUCUAAGAAACAAAUCCUCUCCAAACAGUUACACUACCUCCGGUUCCGGUAGCUCCCUAGCGCAUCCAGUAAUUGACGCAGUUCUGCAGCAGGGAAACUACGUGGAGCAGUUCAAGCGAAAAGACCCGCUUAAGCUGAAUGAUGUUGUGGAUCUCUGUACAACUGUCAUUUUUGAAUCGCUCGAUUGUAUGCCUAUCUAAUCUAGCAGCUAAUAUAAUCUAGCAGCUCUUCAUGUAAAUCUUUUUGAAUGAAGAUGAUGUUGAUCGUUUCGUAUUCGUCAAUUUCUCGUCCAACCUCACCCCAAUCCCAUCUUCACCAGGUCGCGACGUGAUGACAUCGACGGGCGAGCGUGAUAUCUACACGGGUGACGCUUGCGACAUUUUCACGAUCGAUAAGCUUGGAGUCCGACAACAGCGAUUCGAAUUGAAGAAGGACUAAAAAAGCUGUGAAGCGAAGAAUGCUAGUAGACACAGUGAGAACUGGCGUUGUUGCGUCCCCGGCAGUCAGCAGCCACUUUCCCCACACCCAAAAAACUACCCAAGUAGGAGCAAUCCAGGUUAUACUUGAUCAACGUUGAUGAAAAGCACCACUUUUUUAAGAGCACGUUGAUUGUAGGACGACACACAGAGGAUCAACAACUACAAUGUAAGCACCUCCAUUUUGUUACAGGCUUUGGCACUUGAUCUCCUGUCGCCUCGCCUUAUACCCCCUGUAAAAAAACAUACUUUCACCGUACCCUGAAUGAAGAAGAAGAACGACCAUUCCUGGUCAUUACUCAUAGAUGGAAUGGAUUGAUGGCAUGACGGUUAGGAGUAGUACAAUAUGCUAGCCAAUGAUAGACUCAAGAAUGGAAUGGAAAAAGUACUUGAUUCUGCAAAAAGGCGUGCGAGAAGGAAGCGAGAGCAACGAUUCUGUCCACAACACUCGAACUUGC